GAGAGAGAGAGAGAGUGGAGUCGGGUGUGAGUAUAUAUGAUGCACUGAAGGAGAGACGGAAGUCUAACGUCGAUGUUUUAUUACCGGAGUAGACGGGUCUUGACUCUAGUAAAACCACAGCUACCUUCUUUUUGCGAGCUUAGGCGUACAAGGUUUCUUCUUCCGCCAUCAAUUGUGCGACUAUUUUUCUUCUUUUGCUUUGCGAGAUUAAGCGGAGGGAAGAGGAUGCUUGGUCUGAGGUGGCCGAUGGUUGUGCACGGACGGAAGAUGGAUGAUUGGUCUUCGACGGCCAAAGAGGCUGGAACAGAUCUGGAUUCGAUGUCAUUUGUGAUAGGUGGCGACAGAGGUGAUACUGCUGAUCAUUCCCCUCCUGAACCGCCGUCAUGGAGUGCAAGAGAGUCUAAGAUUUGGAAGCCUCUUUUUAAUUUUACUGUUUGCU